UCUUUCUUUCUCCUCUUAAUAAAAUAUCGGCCUGCUAGUGAGAGGAAAAAACAAAAACAAAAAACGAAAAUAAAAAGAAUCUGUGAAGGAUAAGAGAAGAAAAGAAAGAGAGAGAUGGCAAUCCAGUUGAUAAAUCAUCUCUUCAAUAACACAUCUACUAAUUGUUCACCGCAUAUUGUGACGUCGUGGCAAUUACCAAAGCCUUCCUUUACAAUCAGUAGUACUACUAGUAGUAGUACCAAAUCUAGAUCAUCAAUAUUAACCGGACGAGUCUAUGCAUCGUCAACCAAUGGCCGGCAGCUCAUACAGUCCGGCACCGUCAGGCCUAUACGACCCAGCGACGCAGCGGCCGCCAUUACUGACGAGGGGUUCGUGGUGUUGGACAUAAGGCCGGCGUGGGAGAGAGAGAAGGCGCACGUUAGGGGGUCGCUCUACGCGCCUCUCUUUGUGGCGGACAGGGACAACUCUCUGCUUACUCUCCUCAAGAAGUGGGUGCAUUUCGGCUACGUUGGGUUGUGGACAGGCCAGAGUUUUACGACGUUGAAUCCUGAUUUUCUUAGGCAAGUUGAGGAAGCUGUUCCUGAUAAGAGUGCCAAGUUACUUGUGGCUUGUGGUGAAGGACUCAGGUCGGUGAUGGCAGCAUCAAAGUUGUACGAAGCAGGGUACAAGAACUUGGGAUGGUUGGCUGGAGGAUUCAAUCGAGGCGUAGAUGGUGAUUUUCCAGACGUCGAAGGGACUGGAAAAUUAGAGUACGCCACCAUUGGAGUGAUAGUUGAGGACUCGGAUUGAGUGGCUUGAGGAAGUGGAAGCUGGGAUAGUGCGCCGCUAGCCACAGGUUUGAUAAUUUCGAGGAGCAGUGCGGAGUAGCUGAGUGCUACCACCUGAUUUUGGAGAAGAUUGUGUCAUCUUCCUGUGAGUACAAAUUUUAGCUACCGAGAAUCAAAAUGAUUAGAUACGAACCGAAG